AGGCUCCGGCAGAGCGGAGCGGAGCGGCGCUGGGGGAGCGCGCGGCGGCCGCGCCGUCACCACAGGAGAGGGCGGAGUGGGGGGGGGGGAAGAGAGAAAAAGAAAGAGAGAGAGACAGAGAGGAAGAGGAGGCGACAACAACGACGACAGUCGACGACCGAGGGGGGGGUCCCAGCGGCUCCCCCACCAGCUCCAUUCACUCCUCAGCUGUGACGGUAUAGAGGCGACGGAGCUGACAGCCAGCCCGGAGCACCGGGGGCGGCCGAGACCACCAUGUCCUCCCCCAGCCCGGGCAAGAGGCGGAUGGACACCGACGUGGUCAAGCUGAUUGAGAGCAAACACGAGGUCACGAUCUUAGGAGGACUCAAUGAAUUUGUCGUGAAGUUUUAUGGACCACAAGGAACACCAUAUGAAGGUGGAGUAUGGAAAGUUAGAGUCGACCUUCCUGAUAAAUACCCCUUCAAAUCCCCAUCUAUAGGAUUCAUGAAUAAAAUUUUCCAUCCUAACAUCGAUGAAGCGUCAGGAACUGUAUGUCUAGAUGUAAUCAAUCAAACUUGGACGGCUCUCUAUGAUCUCACCAAUAUAUUUGAAUCGUUCCUGCCCCAGCUGCUGGCCUAUCCUAACCCUAUAGAUCCUCUAAAUGGUGACGCUGCAGCCAUGUACCUCCACCGACCAGAAGAGUACAAACAGAAAAUUAAAGAAUACAUUCAGAAAUAUGCAACAGAAGAAGCACUAAAAGAGCAGGAAGAAGGCACCGGGGACAGCUCGUCUGAGAGCUCCAUGUCCGACUUCUCGGAAGACGAGGCUCAGGAUAUGGAGUUGUAGUAAAAGAGGCAACCUGCUUUUCAGAGAGACUCUAAUUUCCUAACCAUGAGAAGCAGACUAUAAUAUUCAUAUUUAAACAAAGCAAUUUUUUUUAUUACUAAACAAGGUUUUUAUGAAUAAUAGCAUUGAUAUAUAUAUAUAUAUAUCACCCUUUAGAUCUUGAUUUUUUUUUUUCUUGGUCAUUUCUCAACCCGAGGUGCAUAGCAUAUUCCCACAUUCCAUUUUGGUAGCAAUAUGCAGCCCAAAUGCAUGCAUUCAGAUUCCAUUUGGCCAAGUCAAACUUGUGUGCUACUGAACUGUCAGCUCAAACAGCUGCCCUGGUAGGUAGGGAGUUAGCAAAGAGGUUUGCUUUCCGAUCGAUGUUUCCAAAGAACACCACCUUGGAUGCUCACAUGGAACAGCGUUUUCCCUUCAGAUCAAUCUGAGGGGAUGUGCUAUGAACUGCACAGAUCAGACAGUGGGAUGAAAGGUGCUCCUUCAGGUCAACCUCGCCGAUGGUUUUGGAUGCGGAGUCACAUUGAAAACGUUCGACAGAACCAGCACCAAUGCAUGGAGCUCCUCAGAGCCUUGAAGCUGAAGAGUUUAGACUGGGAUUUUCAGUCCGUUUUUAAUGAUGUGGACUCCUGCCUGCCCUUCUGAACCGUAGGGACUGACAACCACUGGUCCAUCCAUUGGGACUUUUGGGAGCCUUCAUCUGGAUGUUAUUCUUUCGGUCUGGAUUACGAGCUGUUCCCUCGCCAGGAGGAAUGAAACACAAACAAUGCUCUUUGGUUUAGCUGGAGCACGUGCGUAGCCCAACUCUUACUUCGUCAUCCUUUUUGAAACUGCUGCCCUUCGUGGCUCCAAGUUUCGCUUUUUUCUCUUGCUUGAAGGAUGCUUGAACACCUCGCCAGCACCUCCAUCUCCUGGGAGGGCUCUGAGCAGAUGGAUGAGCCGUGCUGAGAGCUUCGGAUCCGCGGAGAUCGGCCCCCGUUGGCUGCGGUCCACGAAUCCAUCGGCACCCAUUUUAUUUUCCUUUCUCUCCCCUUCUGCACCAGCUUGGUAGCCAUCUGCUUGUGUGUGUGCAACAGGAUUUCUUAAAGUUAACAAAGAAUGUGAUCUAGGGAAAGAAAAAAAAAAUGAGAUGAAUAAUAAUAAAAAAAAAAAAGCCUAAAAGCACCAA